ACAGCUGGAAGGCGCAAAGUAUCAAUAAUACGCUACCGGGAUUACAUGUUUUCCUGCACUGACUUAACUACUACACAGUCGAGUCAGGUUUCUGUGAAACAACAUUAAGAAGUUCAACCUUGUCGUUAACGAAAUACUUAGAUAUUUUUCAUUUGAUGAGGAUGGUAAAAGCAAACAGCGGACAUAAUUUCGAACUUCUUCAAGAGAAGCUUGAUAAACAGACGGAUGCAUUGGAACGUAAAAUGUUAGAUGUAAAACCGUGGUAUUUACAAGGUGAAGUUGCAGCUACUAGACGAAAUGAGAAUACCUUGCUUGAAGAACACUUUGACGUACAACGCCACGGUCUUUUCAAGCCAGAUGUUCAUGACGAAGCUGCUAUAAAUGACUACAUUAUAAAAGCCAUCAAAGAAAGAAUGUUUGACAGUCCUGUUUUCAAAGUUAAGGAAGUUAAAGGGCCUUCUAAGGAAAUCCCACUACAAAAUGUUGUUCAGAAGUCACUGGUAGAGGAGUAUGAAAGUUUUCUCAAGAGAAAUCAGAUUCUUGAAGAAGACCAAGGAGACCCUCAAAAGAAUGCAAUCCAAGCUGAAAUGUUGGAGCUCUUCGACAAGUUAGAUAGACUUUCUAGUCUGCAUUUUGUGCCGCAUAAGUACAUACCCGCUUCCACGUCUGCUAAGAAUGAUGCAGCAUCAAAAUUAGAAGAACCUGGACCCACAGUCGUCUCAACAGCCAAUCUCCUAGCUCCAGAAGAGAUUUGCCCACCAAGAGGUGAAAUACUUAUUGGUAAAAAUGAGCGCACUCUUGCUGACCGCCGGCGACAUCGUCGAAAACUAAUGAGGAUAAGAUCGAAACAACUUAAUCCCCCGAAGAAGGGGAAAGUAGAUGAACAGCAAAUGGCCAUGGCCAAAGUAACCAAAAUGGCACACCGACCGAAUUCUAACAUUAAAAUUGUAAAGUAGAAUGUUGUAUUUAUUUUUUUCAGCUUGCUAAGAUUUAUCCUUGCAAAUAUAUAUUCAUAAAUAUC